UCACAUCUUUACAUUUUCCAAAAGGACUUAAGAGAAAAUUUACCGCACUAUUUGGUCUUCUAGAAGAUUUUAUUGUGCAAGCCAAACGACAAACAAAAUCAUAACUGCAAUUUAGGCACAUCUGAAACGAAUCAGGCACAUUGCUGUUGGUCCAAUCGCAUGUGUGUAGGCACCGGCUGAGAGUUGCGAGGGGCGUGUUCAUACUACACAUCCACAGCCACACAGAUGCUGCCUGCUGGUGCCAGGAAGAUGGCGGAGAGAGGAGACGACCAUCUGAAUCCAAUGACCAGAACAGUCCUGUGAUUACACGAGGUUUACAGAAAAGCAUUUGUGUAGUUAGGUCCGGCAGAAGAUUUGGCCUCCCAGGAUGGACAGUGCUUAGAUGUGGGCAACGUUUAAGCUGAAUGCAUUGUGAUUUCCAAUAAUUGAGACAGUGAUUUCUAAAAAGCUGUCUACAUUAAUGAAAAGAACAAUGUAGUCAGCUUAGCAUAUUCAACCAUGUACAUGCAUAUUAUUAAGUGGAUGUGUUGAACUGUGUUAUGAACUUGUGCAUGUGGUAGGGCUGCAAUUUGUUUAGCUUAAAAGUUAUACUUGGGCAGAUCCCUUCCCAGUUGCAUUCUCUUAUAGUGUUCAAUAUAGUUUUUUCUUUUAUUAGAAAUUCAUUAUGGAUGUGAAUGAGUUUUUACCUCCCCUCCCCUUGGAGCCACCGGAAUCAGUAUUGACGGAAAACAAUUUUUUUAACGCGCCUCCACCACCUCCCCUGCAAACGUCCAGUGACGCAGAGGAAAUGGACGUUAGCUCUGGUGGUGAUGGACACCAACACACCCCAGCAGUGGACGGGGACGAAAAGCUCCUCCUCAACAAGCGUACGUUGACUUUUAGUAGCUCCCCAUCAGAUAACCCUGACCCCAUGGGCAGGUGCCCUAGAACCGCUCGCCACGCUCCCCCGGUUACCAAGUUCCUACCUGAUCUCAAGCUUCUCAAAGACGUAAAGAUCAGUGUUAGUUUCAAUGACACCAGUAAAAGCAAGGACAGAAAGGUGUUGUACACUGGUUUGGGGCAGGUUAGCGAUGAUCAGAUCCUAGAGAGCCUGAAUGGUGAACUGCAUGAUUGUUUAGAGCAGGGAAGUGUGCCAAGCGGCUCAGGCCAGAGCUACAAAGCUCUAAGUUCAGCCAGAAACAGUGUCGAGAUUGAGGCCGAGCAGGAGAACAAGGUUGAAUUCGCCGUGCUAGAUGACUUGGAAGAUUUCAGUGAGAACUUUCUGGAAGUGGAAGAUGGAGAGCCGAGCGGUUUCAGGUCUGAGAUGAUUGUUCAACAGGAGCAAGUGCACGAGGAGGACCUGAGUUACUCAUAUGAGGAGGACUUUGACAAUGAUGUAGAUGCCCUUCUGGAGGAAGGUAUGCCCAUGCCCAAGAAAAGACGUCUGGCUGAAGACCGGUACACUGGAGACAGUGAUCACAAUUCAGAUGGGGAGGCAGGAGUUCAGCCCAUGAUGACCAAAAUUAAAACCGUUCUUAAGAGUCGUGGACGCCCGCCCACUGAGCCAUUACCUGAUGGAUGGAUCAUGACAUUCCAUAACUCUGGCAUUCCAGUCUACCUCCACCGGGAAACCAGAGUUGUGACCUGGUCUAGACCUUACUUCCUUGGAACAGGAAGCAUUAGGAAACAUGACCCACCAACCAAUAGCAUUCCCUGCUUGCACUACAAAAAAAUGAAGGAACAAGAGGAAAGGGAACAUAACGGAGAGGUGACUCCAAACGCAGAGGUGUCUCCUGUGAAACCAGGGGAAGAGAACGUUUCGCUUGAGAGAGCCGAUGAGCCUGACUCUACUGCCACAGAAGAGCCAACAUUAGAGGAUCCAGAUGUCCACCUCAUGGAGCCAGGAGCAUCUUCAGCCAGGAAGGACAGUCAUUGCAGUGAUGCUGCACAGGGAGCUCUGGGCCAGGUCAGAGCCAAAGUGGAGGUCUGCAAAGAUGAGUCUGUUGAAAUUGAGGAGUUCCGAGACUACCUAGAGAAGUGUUUUGAUUUUGAGCAAGUGACUGUGAAGAAGUUUCGAACGUGGGCUGAGCGCAGGCAGUUCAACAGGGACAUGAAGAGAAAGCAAGCUGAAUCUGAGAGGCCCAUCCUACCGGCCAAUCAGAAGCUCAUCACACUGUCUGUGCAGGAUACGCCCACAAAGAAAGAGUUCGUCAUCAACCCCAAUGGGAAAUCUGAAGUUUGCAUUUUGCACGAGUAUAUGCAGAGAGUGCUGAAAGUGCGACCAGUUUACAACUUUUUUGAAUGUGAAAACCCAAGUGAACCCUUCGGAGCAUCAGUCAUUAUAGACGGUGUUACAUAUGGCACAGGAACAGCAAGCAGUAAAAAACUUGCCAAGAAUAAAGCUGCUCGAGCAACACUGGAGAUCCUCAUUCCUGACUUCGUGAAACAGACAUCUGAGGAGAAACCUAUAGGAGAUGAACUUGAGUAUUUUAAUCAUAUCAGUAUUGAAGAUUCAAGGGUGUAUGAGCUGACCAACAAAGCAGGUUUACUCUCACCAUAUCAGAUCCUUCAUGAGUGCCUUAAGAGAAACCAUGGAAUGGGUGACACCAGCAUCAAGUUUGAAGUGAUCCCAGGAAAGAACCAGAAGAGUGAAUACGUUAUGACAUGUGGGAAGCACACUGUUCGUGGCUGGUGUAAGAAUAAGAGGGUGGGGAAGCAGCUGGCAUCACAAAAGAUUCUCCAAAUGCUUCAUCCUCAUGUGAAGAACUGGGGCUCGCUGUUGCGCAUGUACGGCAGAGAAAGCAAUAAGAUGGUCAAAAAGGAAAACUCUGAUAAGAGUGUGAUUGAGCUUCAGCAGUAUGCCAAAAAGAACAAGCCAAACCUUCACAUCCUCAACAAACUACGAGAGGAGAUGAUGAAACUGGCUCGAGAAAGGGAGGAAGCAAGAAAGAAGCCCAAAAUGACUAUAAUGGAGUCCGCUCAACCCGGCAGUGAACCUCUGUGUACCGUCGACGUUUAACAAGCCCUUGCCCAACCUGUCAUGAUGGCAGAUAGCACUGACCAAUGGUAAUAGUUUUAACAAAUGUUUAAUGCACCAUUACUGAAUUAUGCAUUACUUUGCAGUGCAAAUGGCAAUACUAGUUACAUUUUAUCAAAAUUUUGAGUGCAACUCCCAAAUAUGUCUAUAAUUUAUGGGUUUACUAACAGUCAUACAUGCACUAUGAAAAGUAGAAUAAGCAUUCAAGAAUACCUCCAGAUGCACUUCUGCACUGAUAAGUGCAAGUUUAAUAACUUGAUUCGGCUGAUGACAAAAAAGUUUCUAUGAAUCGAAGUAAACCGUAAAUAUGUAUGUUGAAUAAGCGUUACAGAUGCUUGCUUUUAAGUUUGUGGCUUUUAGAUGUUGUCAAUAAAAACACAAUUGUUACUUCCUUUUUAAAAUAAAGAGCAAAUAAAUUAUUUUCCUAUUUACUACAUUUCGGAAAUAUAGAAGCUAUGUGUCCACUUCAACAAUCAGAUUCCUUUUAAGGAUUUCUUUGUGAUCGUGUGUUUGACCAUUUCUGUAUGCCACAGAGGCAAUCUUGUUUUUGUUUUUUUUUACUAACAGAGCAUGCAAUCCUUUAUCUGAAAAAUUUGGGUUUAUAUAGACUUUGAAGUGCAUUUUGUUCAGUGGACAGGGUCAUCUUUAUUGACACGUGAAAUAUACAUGCAUUUCUUUCUAAAGCAUUUAUUGUGCACACGUUCCCUUCAACUGCUGUAAGUAAUACACUUUUUGCUUGUAUGAAGUGUACAACAUUAUUUGAAUUGAGGGGUGAUUCAAAACGUUGGUCAAGUGUUUGAGGUACUGUAGUUGAGGAACAAGACAUCAGGGAGGAUAUUAGUGCGCGUUACAUUUGUUAUGCUUUGAUAUAAUCUUAACUCUUGCUUUAGAGACUGGCUGGUACAUUUUAGUUGGGACAGAAUAGUGUAUGUUGCCUUAGUUUUUCUGCUUCUGUUAAUGGUAGUGUUUGAAAGGGAAAACCUCUCACUUGAGUCUACAUUUGUGAUGCUGUACGUUACAUAAUUGCUGUGGAGUGAUGCUUGCCUUCUUACAUAUUUUAGAGAAAUUGCCUUUUAAGCAUGUGCUUUUUGUGUCCGCGUUAGAUGAUUCUGUAUGGUUUGUGUACAUCUGCCAUUGUGAGAAGUGAUUUUGUACUCAUUUUAUUCAGAGCGUAUCCCUUUGGUGUGUUACAUGUUUUGGCCACAAUCAUUUCACACGCAGUCUAUGAAAACAACUAUGGUAACUUCAUACCUCGAACAAAAACGGACUGCGUCGUCAUUUUCAAUAGCUUGAAGAACAGUGUGAACCAAAGCUUUAACGGUCUUAUGCAUUUUUAUAGAAUACUGUUGCAUAGCUAUUCAUGAAAUAUAUAAACAUACAUCUGGGACGAAAUUUUAAAGAAAAAGAUGCAAUAAUUGCUGGAUUAAACUACAGUCCCUGCUUGAAGAAAAUCACUGUAUUUCCUAUUGGGAGAGGGAGAUCAAAGUAGUUUGGCCUUAAGGUUUUUGAACUCAAUGUUUCACUCCAUCGCCCAAAACAAUGGGCAUAGUGGUUUUCUUGAGAAAGAGACUAAACAAAACUGCAGUGCACUGUCAAUGUGAUUAAUAUAUUAGCUGUUGUGCUUCUGAAUGUGUAUUACAUCUGAAAGCAUUUUCCUUUUUCCAUGAGCACAAGGCAUCUGCUGACAAAGUGCUUACAGAAUGUGCUUUUCCCAUUAAUGUUUGGAGUGUGACUCGCCCUUGUCAGUCUUGCCAAGUGUGUAUUAGUUUUAUGAAGAAUUGUGUGCUUUUAGUCAUUAUCGUUGACCGGAUGAUUUAGCUGCAAGUGAUGCUGUACCACAUGAUCGCUGAUACACAGUGAUUUGUUUAUGCAAAUAAAUUCAUGACCAGAAACUGAUGUCU